AUUUAAGUGUGUAUCGAACGAGUCACGAAGAAGAUAUCAAAUCGUCUCUGGAAAAAUAAAGAAUUUUAGAAUGAACGAAUUAGUAUUACUUAUCUGAUAAUGACGAUAACUAACUUGCUUGAUUUCCAGAUAUUCCUCAUGGUUUUGAUUCAAUUUCGUCUCCCAUAGUUUUGAACUCGCAACACUAACUUUUUGUAAUCGAAAGUUUUGUCCUUUUUUUUUAACAAUCGUCGUUUAGGGUUCUUUCAAUUUUGCCGAUAAAAUCUUAUAUAAAAAAAAAACAGUGAAGAAUAAGUUCGAAGAAGAAGAAGAAGACUUAAAAAGCAGCGACACAAGUCGGUGGUGACUCGGUAAGAAAAAGAAAGAUGUCAUCUUCACACAACAGGAGUAACAACAACAAUUCAGAAGGAGCUAAAGCAGAACAGAUCAUAUUUGAGUUCUUUGCUAAAAGCCUUCACAUCAUUCUCGAAUCAAGGACUCCUUUUAUGUCUUCAAGGAACUUUAGUGGUGAGCAGAUGAUUUGUUCUCCUUCCUCAUCUUCUUCCUCUUCCUCGAGUGUUAGACCUCGAGACAAAUGGUUCAAUCUAGCUCUUAGGGAAUGUCCUGCAGCUUUAGAGAGUUUCGAUAUCGGGCGGAGAAGCAGUCUUGAGCCUUUGGUUGUUGAUGUUGUUCUUGUGGUGAGGCCACUUGUUGGUGAUCAGUCUGGUAAAAGGGAGCUUAUCAGGAACUUCUCCGGGAAAGAUUAUCAGUCUGGUUGGAAUUCUGAUCAAGAUGAAUUGGGAUGUGAGACUAAGAACGAGCAGAUUAUUGAGAGAUGGGUGGUGCAAUAUGAUAAUAGGAAGAUCAGGGAAUCUGUUACUACUAGUAGCAGGAGGUCAAGCAGUAAUAAGUUGCAAGUGAUGUAUAAGAAAGCUACUCUGCUGCUUAGAUCAUUGUUUGUCAUGGUUAGGCUUUUACCUGCUUAUAAGAUUUUUCGGGAACUCAAUUCCUCGGGGCAGAUCUUCAAGUUCAAGCUUGUUCCUAGGGUCCCUUCUAUAGUUGAGCCAUUCACUCGUAAAGAAGAAGCAGAAAUGCAGAAGUUUUCUUUCACACCGGUUGAAACGAUCUGUGGUAGACUUUGCUUAUCGGUUUUAUAUCGUUCUCUCUCAGAUGUCAGUUGCGAACACUCUACACCUAUGUCUCCAACAUUUAUAACCGAUUAUGUUGGAAGUCCCUUGGCUGAUCCUUUAAAGAGGUUCCCUUCCCUUCCUCUUUCAUAUGGUUCUCCUCCAUUGCUGCCAUUUCAAAGGCGCCAUAGCUGGAGUUUCGAUCGUUACAAGGCAUCUCCACCUUCUGUUUCUUGCUCACCAUCGCCUACACGCUCGGAUUCACAUGCAUUGGUUUCACAUCCUUGCUCUCGUCAUCUUCCUCCUCACCCUUCUGAUAUACCCACUGGUCGUAGGAAGGAAAGCUACCCCGAAGAGUAUUCUCCUUGUCAAGAUUUCUCCCCUCCUCCUUCUCCUUCAGCACCAAAACACGCCGUCCCAAGAGGCAUCACACGUACUGAAAGUGCUCCAGUCAGAAUACCAGCUCCAACUUUCCAGUCCAAAGAAAACGUUGUGGCACCUUCUGCUCAUCUGAAGUUGUCGAGACACGCUUCGUUGAAGCCUGUGAGAAACUUGGGUCCUGGUGAAUCUGGAGCAGCAAUAGAUAAGCUGUUUCUUUAUGGGAGAGAUGACUUUAGAAGACCUUCUGGGGUGAGGCCGUCUUCCAGCAGUUCUCCGCGGAUAUCAUUUUCCCGGAGUUCCAGUAGAUCUUUCCAAGACGAUUUUGAUGAUCCUGAUUUCCCUUGCCCAUUUGAUGUUGAGUAUGAUGAUAUUACAGAUCGGAAUAGCAGACCAGGGUCGUUUGACCACAGAGGAGACAUACAUGAACCAUUCGAUUCAAGCGGGUCAUACCCGAAGAAGUCCCAAGAUGCUGCAGUUGGUGCCCUUGUGAGAAUGCUGAAGAAAGCGCCACCUCUCAGACAAGAUGUCUCUGAAUCUUCCAGACCUGAAAUUUGCUCGAACAACAACAAACCCGCAGGGGCUCAUGAGAUAGCAGUAGCGUCUAUCACAGCCUCGGGGAUUGCUCUGGCCUCAAAGACAACAGCUGAUGCUUUGGAAGAGUUGAGGUCUUACAAAGAAAUGAAGAAUCAUUUGUUGCUUGGUCAAUCCACAUCAAACCCUUCCUCGGUUACUAUUACUUCACCCUUUGAUGUUUGAUGUUUCAGAAUCUUGACCCAUUUUGGGUUUCGGUUUGUUUUUUUUUUUUUUUUUUUUUCAUAUAAUGUGUGCCUAUGUAAAUAAUAUUAAGCUCUCUACUCUUUGGAUGAUAUUGGUCCAUGUAAAUAAACUUAUACCCAGGAAAAAAAGAAAAAAAAUUCCAUGUAAAUAAAAUGGUAAACAUAUGUUAACUACUAUUUAUAAUCAUUA